UAUCUCUCUCUGAUUUUGGCCAGAGCACGCUUGAUAAUCAAAAUUUCUCCGGGGUCUUUAUAUGACUGAGAUUUGAGAACAUUGUGUAGAAAAGUAAAGAAAUGUUAGAAACUAACGAGCAAAAGGGUUUUGAUUUAAACGUGUGUGCUUCAAUUGAAGAUUUCAGUGAGUCUGACAUUAAGGCUGAGGGUGAAACUGAUAGUUUGGUUGAUGGUAAUGUGGAGAAUGUGAUUGAGAUUAAGGAUAAGAAAAAAGUGAUUGAGCGUGAGAUUCUCAUUACGCGUAGGGUUCUUCGCUCAGGCUCUGUGGCAAGGGAUUUAGUAAACAGUGAUAAACAUUGUAAGGCUGUGAAAAGGAAAGGAAAUGUUGUUAGUGGUGGAAGUUCUGUUGAUGAGGUGAAAGAAGAAGUGAAACAGGAGUGUGUUAAGUCUUUGGUACCUGAGGAGAUUCGUGGAGAUGAUUUUCGAAGUGAAGUGAAAGUGGAAUCUAAGGAUGAUAGAUCAGAUGAUGGAAAAGAAGAGAAAGUUCAACGUAAAAGAGGAAGGCCUCGAAAGUUUGGGAUGAGCAGUCAAUCUGAUGAUAAUGGGUUAAUCUCAAAUUGUAAACUUCGGACAUCUUUAGGUAAGAAGAAAGAACUGGUAGGCGAUGAUAAUGUUGAGAAACUUGUUGGUGGAAGCUGCUUUAACAAGGAGAAAGCAGAAGUAAAACUUGAGCAUGGGGAAUAUGCUGAAGAUAAAGAGAUUCUUGGACUUGAUUUUAGGAGUCAGGUUAAGGUUGAAAUCAAGGAUGAUGAAUGUGGGAUUGUUGAGCUACAUGAUGAAGAGUUGCAAGUUAAACGUAAACGGGGAAGGCCUAGAAAGGUGCAGAUCAGCAGUCAAUCUGAUGAGAGUCGCCCUAACACAAACUGUAAACUUGCGAGAACUCCAGAACUAAGUAGCCAGUCGAGUGUUGACAGAAUUAGUUUGAGUCGUCUGCGUGGUAGACCCCCAAAGACCAAGGAGACCUCGGUUAGCCUUUACAUUGAAAAAGGACCUGAGUCUAAUGGAAGGAGGAUGGUACGUAAGCGUGGAAGACCUCCAACACCACAGAAAAAGAGGAAAUCGGGGAUGACAGAUGAAUCAGAUUGGAAAGCAAAGAAGAGACUGAAACUUUGUGAGAGUCCGUUAGAGUCACGGCACAACAAUCCUUUAAUUGAUGACGAAAGGAUGAUUGGCGAACAACGGAGUAAGCAAACUGAAGCUGGAGGACAUUCGAGAUCAAAGUCUAAGAAAAUGCUGAGUGACAGAAUACUGCAGUUACUUCUAACUGCUGGUUGGACUGUUGAAUAUAGGCCUCGAAAUGGGAGAGCUUAUCAAGAUGCUGUGUAUCUUAAUCCAGAGGGAAAGACUCACUGGUCAGUGACUAAGGCUUAUCAAGUUUAUAAAAAACAAUUGGAAAGCAACCCGAAUGAUCAAAAGAACUCUACCACUGGUUCUGGUUUUGGCUUGCUACCAGAAGAAGACCUUCAUCUAUUAGAGAGAACAAUUCAGAAAAAAAGGAGCGAUACAGGUAAGCAAAGGUCAAAAUUGAAGGACAGAGAUACUAAUGACAUCUUGGUUUCAACAAAGGGAACAGGAAAAAUAAAGAGGGAAGAAAAACAUAGUAGAAAGCGUUGUACUCCGUCAGCUCGUAGUUCUUUGAAAGAUGUGGAUUCCAAGGAGGAUGGGUACAUAUUAUUUGAAGGGAAACGCACCAUGCUGGGUUGGAUGAUUGAUUCAACCAUUGUGCCACUUAACGGAAAAGUUCAGUGCAUGGACUGCAAGAAGACAGACAUACUUCUAGAAGGAAUUAUCACAAAAGAGGGUAUUCGAUGCAACUGCUGUGAUGAAGUGUUCUCUGUUCUCGAUUUCGAGGUUCAUGCUGGCGGGAAUCGCAACCAGCCAUUCAAAAGUCUGUAUUUAGAGGGUGGGAAUUCUCUCUUGCAGUGCCUCCAUGAGUCUAUGAAUAAACAAAGUGAAUCACAACUUAAAGGGUACCAUUUUGUGGACUUUGGUUCGGGGGAUCCAAAUGAUGACACAUGUGGUAUUUGUGGGGAUGGGGGAGAUCUUAUCUGCUGUGAUGGGUGCCCAUCAACAUUCCAUCAGAGCUGCUUGGACAUAAAAAAAUUCCCUUCUGGUGCCUGGUAUUGUUACAACUGCUCAUGCAAAUUUUGCGAGAAAGAUGAGGCUGCUAAACAUGAGACUUCAACUCUACCCUCCUUAUCGAGUUGCCGCCUAUGUGAAGAGAAAUAUCACCAAGCAUGCAUCAACCAAGAUGGCACGGUGCCUGGUGAAAGGAGUACUGAUUCAUUUUGUGGAAAGUAUUGUCAAGAGUUAUUCGAGGAACUUCAGUUAUUCAUUGGAGUAAAACACCCACUGCCUGAGGGAUUUUCAUGGUCAUUCCUUCGCCGCUUUGAGCUCCCUAGUGAGGUUGCCGAUUGUGACAUAUCUGAGAAGAUUGCAUAUAAUGCCAAAAUGGCUGUUGCAUUUUCUGUUAUGGAUGAGUGCUUUUCACCUUUGGUUGAUCACAGGAGUGGAGUCAACCUGCUUCAAAACAUUGUUUAUAAUUUUGGGUCGAACUUCCAUCGGCUAGAUUUCAGCAGUUUUCUCACUGCUGUUUUGGAGAGGGGUGAUGAAAUCAUUGCUGUGGCGUCUAUUAGGAUACACGGCAAUCAACUGGCAGAAAUGCCGUUUAUCGGAACCCGCUAUAUGUACAGGCGUCAAGGGAUGUGUCGUCGACUAAUGGAUGGCAUUGAAUCUUUCGUCGCUUAUUUCUCUCAAAUGUUUCUUGCUAUAUCUGAAGUUUUAUUAGAUGUCUGGCAAUUCUGCUGCUAUCCUGCUUGUUUUGGCGACGGGCCAUUCUGCUUUUUCUCAGGCUUUGGCUUCGCACCUGUCAAUGAUUCUGAGAAAAAAACAAUUAAGAAUCUGAACUUGUUGGUGUUCCCUGGCGUAGACAUGUUGGGGAAAUCAUUGGUGAAGGAGAAGAUCACUGACUCAGUUGUUUCAUCUCCCAAUGGUUUAGUGCUGUUGGCACCUGAGAUGACUUUGCCUGUAGAUGUCGAGGAAAAUAAACCUGAGGAGUCUAAAGACAGUGCACACGAGCGAAAUUGUGCAACUGCUGGUGUUGAAUCCCCUUCUAACCCAGUUGAUAGCUGCUUGAAGUUAACUUAUGUAGAAGAGGGGGAUAAUGACAGAGAAUCCAAUCUCAAGUUACUUGACGGGUCCGUGGAAGAGAAAGAAGACACUAAGAAAUUGACAGAUAUAGACAUCAAUUCUCUUCCUGAUGAAGUUGAUGAUUCCCAUGCGGAUCAAAGUGAUACAAAAGAGCAGGAAAUUGAUGAUAAAGAAGAUAAGACACCGUUAUCUGAUGAUGGCUGUGAAGGUAAAGCUGAGGGUACCAAGGAGUCAAAUCAACAACCGGAUAGUAACAAAGUAGAUAACUCUCAGCCACUUGGUAAUGGUGGUACAGGGGAAGAGCUUGGCAACAGAACCUUAGCGCUAAAGAGAGAAGUGACUCCCACAUUGCGAGCAUCGCCCCGACUGAUUCAAAGAUCGUGGAGAACAUCACGGGUGAACCAGAAGUUCACAGGUACUACUAACGCCGUACUGCUUGACUCUCCACACCGGUGUGUCUGAGGCUCAUUGCAUAGACAGAGCUUUUGUGGUUUUGUGCAUAUGACCAGUCUAACACAUUUUGUCUAAAGAUGGAGCAGCCCUUUGCUAUUUCGGGGUGACAACCGGAAAGGCGCAGUUGAAAGAAAAAGUAGUUAGAAUUCUAAUUUCAGUACUUUAGUAAUUUCAUUAGUAACACAUCGAGCCAGAGGUCAGAAACCUUGCAGUGGCUCAAUGCUUAUUAGACUUAAUUGUGUAGUAAACAAUUUCUUUCAGCUGUAUUUGAGCUGCU